AUGCACUGGUAUUUUUCUAGUUUGCGAUUAUUAGUGUGGAAUUAUUCUGAAAAAGGACACGGGAAAGGGGCUCCUGAUGGUGUCGGAGGAGUUCUAAAACGAACUGCUGAUCAAAUAGUUGCGAGAGGGAAUGCCAUUCCACACACUGAAAUUCUUGUCAGACACCUAAAAGAACGCUGUCCAGGAGUUAUUAUAGAAGUCGUUUAUGAGUCGGGCAUAUUAGAGAAAGAUACGCUGAUUCCCGAAAAUUUAAAGGAAUUCCGCGGAAUCAUGAGAACACAUCAGGUUGUGUGGAGUGCCAAUUAA